AGGAGAAACAAAGUCCCCAUACUUUGGUUUCAUUGUCUUUUUUUUUUAUCCUUUGCUCAUCAAGGGGCUUGGUGACAUGGCCUGUAGGGAUGUUAACUCCUUGUUUCUCUCGAUGAGUCUCUACCCUUGUUCUCGUUUCCACUGUCAUGUCCACCACGUCCAAAGAUCCCUGAGCCGAAACGAGCUUAUUUGGCAAACUCUACGCGAUGACAUCCUGGGCUCCUGGCACGGUUUUCUGUCAAUCUUGUUGCUUUUUUGGGGAAGAAUGACAGGUGAGGGUGAGUCCCUGCUAUGAUUCCCUCCCGGUCGUGCGGCCCGCUCAUGAUGGAUUAUCACCUUCGUACCUGGCCCCAAAGGCUAGGUACCUACUCCACGGGCCGCCUUGACUCCGAGUCCCCGUUCGCAAUGCAUUUCCCAUAAAAGCGUACCUCGCCGUUUUCUGCGGCUCUGCUCAGACCUUUCAUCCCAUUCUCAUCCAAAAGGCUAUACAUUCACUUCAACUCUUUUUUUUUUUAUAAUCUACUCUAUUCUUCUUGUUGCCUGGUCGCAUCGUCAGUGCCGGUCACUCGUUUCUCUUCUCUCCAGAACAAGGUCAUUAGAUAAUAUAGACAAAGCCAGCCAAAGAACAUAUUCACUCACCGAAUAUUUGAGCUCAAAGUCACAACGUUCGAAGGAAAGAAAAAGACAGUAUAUUAAGAACAAAACCAAAAAAAAGACAAAAUGUUCGCCAAGCUCGCCGUUGUCUCUGCCCUCGUCGCGACCGUCAUCGCGCACGGCAACCUCACCUCACCCCCUGCGCGUCUCACGGGCCCGGCCAUGGUCAAGGCCUGUGGUCAGACGGGUGUGUCCGCUAUUGAAGCCGACGGCACCAUCCCCCUCGAGGAUGUGGAGGUGACUGGCGCAAGCUGCAACCUUUUCCUCUGCCGCGGCGCCGUGUUCGAGGACAACAAGAGCCGCCUGCAGACCUUCAAGGCUGGCCAGGUGAUCCCGAUGAAGGCCUCAAUCCCCAUUCCCCACGAGGGUCCCAUGAACGUUUCAAUCGUCGACACAAAGACCAACAAGGCCAUCGGCCAGCCCCUGAUCGUCUUUGACAGCUACGCCGACGAGAAGCUCGCCACGCUGCCCGCCAACAACACCGCCUUCUCCGUCACCAUGCCUCAGCUCCCCGUCAACAAGUGCACGCAAGGCGGCGAGUGCGUCAUGCAGUGGUUCUGGUUCGGUACAGCAGCCAAGCAGACGUAUGAGAGCUGUGUCGACUUUGUCCAGGGUUGAGAAGGGAAAGGGGAAGAGGGAUUUGUGGUUUCGCAUCUUCGGCUAUCGAUUGAUGCUUGAUAAUCACUUUCUCUAUGCGGUCUGGGUUUCUGGCGCGGAAUCUGCAAUUAAUAGAUUUGUAGAAAGCAGAGCUUAACGCAAAGAAUUCAGACUUUAUUUUUUAUUUUUUUUAUCUUUGGAAUUUUAAUUUGCUGCUGCUUACUCUG